UUUUAUCAGGCGACUAUGACGUUUAAAACUAUGCGCAUUCAAGUAGUAAACUGUACAUGCAGGGAUUCUUCUUUGCCACCUGGAGUAAAAAUCAGGAUGAAUUUCAAGAGCCUGCCUUUUGUGCAGGUGCCGUAGUAGCCUUUAAAAGUAGAAUACCGCCGAACGAACACAGCUUCAACAAAACUCGUCUUCAUUGUAAAAAAACUGACAGUUGUGCUGAUCCUCUUGAUUUGCUCAAUCCACGACCAGACCUCCACGCUGACGUCUUGCUCCUCGUAGAAAACGCCAGGAGCGAAUAUCGACUGGCCCCCAGAAGGUGUUGGCAAAGGCUGCGGGUCCGCCAGACCCUCUUGCGUGAUUUGAUGGUGAGCAUGCAUGCAGCGUUCGGUGUCCAGAUAGUGGCCUUCAUCCUGGGAGACACGAUGGACUGCGCCUUUUCAUUGUACACCAACCUGUCUUCAGCCUUCGGGUCCACCGUGUGCGUCACGGACACUGUCUGGGCUGUGGUCAUGGCUAUGCGUUUGGCUCUUAUCUUCGUUCUUUGCCAGCGGAUCCGCGACGAACACGAAUCCCUGUCGCACAUCUUCAACAGCUUUUUGGUGAAAAGCAGCUGCCUAACCCCGGAGGCAGUGAAAGAAGCUAUUCUCUUUAUCAUCAGCAACUGCCUCAUCCUCGUGCAGUUCGAUCGAGCCAUGGGCAAUUCUACUGGUCUUCCCUACGACCCCCGAUAGUGAAAAGGGAUUUGGCUCACAGGCAGCAGGAAAACGCAGUCAUGCAUCUGAAGCUCUGCCUUCCCAGUGCCUGGACGGUUGCAUCACCAGACCUUCUCUCGGACCCGCACUUGCCCUA